UCAUUGCGUAGCAACAAUCCAAACAACAUUGAUCCGACCUGCAGCAGCUUAUCAUCUGCCCGGAAAGAAUAAGCAUUAUAUUUCUACCAAAAACUAACAUAAAAGCACGAAAAUGGGGAUUGAUUACUAUGAAAUGCUUGCCUUGACUCGAUCGGCAAUUGAUGCAGAUAUUAAAAAAGCCUACCGCAAGCUCGCUUUGAAGUAUCACCCAGAUAAGAACCAAGAGAUCUUGGCACCAGAGAAAUUCAAACAAGUCUCAGAAGCUUACGAUGUUCUCUGUGAUCCAAGGAAGAAGGCUGUCUAUGACCAGUUUGGUGAAGAAGGUCUGAAGAAUGGGGUUCCUUCUGGAGCAGAUGAAGAUGGCGGAGCCUGGACACAAGGCUACACAUUCCACGGAGACUCACACAAAGUCUUCAGGGAAUUCUUUGGUGGAAACAAUCCAUUUAAUGAAUUUACCGAUGGCGUUGAUGGAGACCUUAGCAUGGGGUUUGGUGGUCUGUUAGGGCGGGGUCGAAACAAGCAGGAUCCUCCCAUAGAGAGAGACCUAGUCCUAUCUCUGGAAGAGAUCUACCAUGGUUGUACCAAGAAGAUGAAGAUUUCAAGAAGAGUAAUGAAUGAAGAUGGGCACACAUCAAGCACAAGGGACAAGAUCCUCACUAUCACAGUGCACAAGGGAUGGAGGGAAGGUACAAGGAUCACCUUCCCGAAGGAAGCUGACCAGGGACCCAACAUCGUACCUGCCGACAUCAUCUUCAUCGUCAGGGAUAAGCCGCAUCCUCGCUUCCAGCGGGCGGAUGAUGAUCUGGUCUUUGUGUCCAGGGUUCUCCUGGGCAAGGCACUGACUGGCUGCAGCGUAGAGGUGCCAACCCUGGAUGGGAGGUUGCUAAAUGUUCCCAUCAAUGAUAUUAUCAACCCUGGCUACAGGAAGGUGGUGCCUGGUGAAGGUAUGCCAAUCUCUAAGAACCCCGCUCUGAAGGGCAACCUCAUCAUAACCUUUGACAUUGAGUUCCCACGGCAACUGACUCCAGACAAGAAACAGCUCAUCAAGGAUGCUCUCUUAUAAACUCAACCUUAAUGCAGGUUUCAGCAAUCUGAGUUGAUUCAUCUUGGAGAUAAUAGGACGUAAAAGCCAAUUGUGCAUUCAUGGAAAGUCUUAUAUCGUCCGUUGAGAGACAGAAGGACAUUAACUCUAUAUGUAAUAGAAAUAUGCGAGUUUUAAUAUUUAUGUAGCAAAGAUAUAUACGUCCUUCUGCCUCAAAACAUAUGAUAUUUACAUUCAAACAUUGUCAUUAACAAUUGAUUGAAUAGAAUCUUGCAGGAUUAUUCUUUAUUUUGAGUUCAGUCGACCUAAUUACCCAUAGUCGCCAUUCAGGGGCCUAUCCCUCCAUUUUUCUGCAUAUUUAUGAAUUUUGAAUAAAGUUGUUGAACAUGCAAUUGUACCUUGGACUUUGGAAAUCACUUUCCACUUUCAAAAGAGUAACAUAAUAUGAUACAUGCAGCAUUUAUUUGCAAUUUUCUGUAUAUUAUUAUAUGGAAAAUACCCUAAUGUAUUACUGUAUAUAUUGUAAAUAUAAAUAAAGCUGUUAUUCAUUGUAAAUAAAAUGUGGAAUAUUCAGUUUAAACAC